GAAUUGUCCCCGUCCCAUUCCUGCUCUGCCUGCUGCUGCUGGUGCUGCUGCUGGUGCUGCUGUCCCUUUGCAGCGCCGGGCCGGGCGGGGCCGCCGUGUGGAGCAUGGGGAGCUGCUGGCUGCUCCUCGCCGCGCUGCUCGGCCUGGGCGCCCGGGCCAGCCUGGAGUACGAGGGAUCGGGAUAUUCACUCCUUGAAGAUGAUGAGGAUGUUUAUGCACGCAGUAGAUACAAAGAAACACCGUGGUGCUCCCCCAUUAAAGUGAAACAUGGUUAUGCAAACUGCAGGACACCUCAAGGGGAAUAUUACAAGAAUGUGCUGGGCACAAGAUGUGAUAUUCGCUGUCAGAAAGGCUACGAACUGCAUGGCCCUCACCAGCUCAUUUGUCAGUCAAACAAACGCUGGUCUGGGAAGGUGCUGUGCAAACAAAAGCGUUGCCCUACCCUGUCCAUGCCAGCCAACGGGGGCUUCAAGUGUUUGGAUGGUGCCUACUUUGGCUCGAGGUGUGAGUACUACUGCUCCCCAGGGUACCAGCUGAAGGGGGACCGCAUCGUCACCUGCAUGGACAACAAAGUCUGGAGCGGCCGGCCAGCCGCCUGCAUCGAUACUGAACCUCCGAGGAUCCAGUGCCCGAGUGUGAAGGAGAAAACCGCAGAGCCCAACAAGUUGACAGCCAGAGUGUUCUGGGACACCCCGGAGGGACGAGACACUGCUGACGGGAUUCUGACAGAUGUUAUUUUGAAAGGCCUGCCACCAGGGUCACAUUUUCCAGAAGGCGACCACAAAAUCCACUAUACUGUGUAUGACAGAGCUGAAAACAAAGGCACCUGCAAAUUUCUUGUUAAAGUCAGAGUCAGGCGCUGUGUGAAGUUAAAUGCCCCAGAUAAUGGCUACAUCAAAUGCUCAGGUGAUGGAAAUAACUAUGGUGCUACCUGUGAGUUCUCCUGCAUUGGUGGCUAUGAGCUGCAAGGAAGCCCAGCCCGAGUCUGCCAAUACAAUUUGGGGUGGUCAGGAGUGGAGCCAACCUGUGCACCCAUGAAUAUUAAUGUGAAUGUUAGGACUGCAGCUGCACUUCUGGAUCAAUUUUAUGAGAAGCGGAGACUGCUAAUUAUUUCAACUCCUACUGCAGCUAACUUCUUCUACAGGAUGCAGCUGGGGAUGCUGCAGCCGGCACAGUGUGGGUUAGACCUGCGACACGUCACCUUGGUGGAGUUGGUUGGUGUGUUCCCAGCACUGAUAGGAAGAAUAGGAGUGAAGCUGCUGCCCCCAUCACUUGCCCUGCAGCUCAGGCUGCUGCUGAGGAUCCCCUACUACAAUUUCAACAUCGUAGUGAUGGACAAGCACGGCAUGGACAAGGAGCGCUACCCUUUCCCAGCAACACCUGCUGAGCUCUUUGCCCUUAUUGACAAAUUCCCCUUGAGAAAAGAUGAGAUGAAACUGCAAGCAGAAAUUGGUCAGUCAUGUCCCUAAUUCAGCAUUCCAGGGCCUGCAGUUGUUGGUGAAUUUUUUUUUUAUCUACAUAGUUCUCCCCUUGGUGCUAAACAAAACAUGGCUUUCUUAAUCACUGAUGUGAAUGUUUGUGUGUAUUAGUAAAUCUGUCCAGCCAUGUAGCUGCUCUGCAUAGAAGGGUGCACGAUGCUCUUUUGUACUUUCAGUCGUCUUUAAAUCAUGGAGUGGCCUGGGUUGGAAGUGACUUUAAAUAUCAAGUUCCAACCCUACUGCUAUGGACAGGGACAUCUUGCACUAUCCCAGGUUGCUCAGAGCCCCAUCCAGCCUGGCCUUGAACACUGCCAGGGAUGGGGCAUCCACAGCUUCUCUGGGAAACCUGUGCCAGGGCCUCACCACCUGCGCAGUGAAGAGUUUUUCCCUAAUAUCUAAUCUGAACCUGUUCUCUUUACAAGCUGAAGCCAUUCCCUCUUGUCUGUCACUCCAGACUCUUGUUAAAAAUCCCUCUCCAUCUUUCCUGUAGGCUCUGUUCAGGGACUGGAAGGCCAAAAUUAGGUCAUCCCUAAGCCUUCUCUUUUCCCGGCUAAACAGUCCCAAUUCUCUCAGCCUUUCCUCAUAGGAGAGGUUCUCUAUUCCUCUGAUCACCUCUGUGGCCUUCUCUGGACUUGCUCUGACAGGUUGAUGUCCUUUCUCCUGCUGGAGACCCCACAGCUGGAUGAAUGUGGAUGUAGGAUUUACUACCUAAUGGAAUUUCUUGUACAGAGAGUGAAGAACUGUGGCAUGUUUCUGGGAGUUUAUUUUGGAUGUUUCAUUCAGUGUAAAAUUGGGGUUUAUUUCUUACUGUUUAUAAUUCUUUUUAUUAAUAAAAUAUUGUUUUGUGUAAAAAUAUUUUAUAUAUUAGUAAAGGUCUAUCUGCACAAACUAGUCUUUGAAGUAAGUCGUGAUAUUAAAGGCUAAAGUCCUUGAAACCUUCCUGCAGAAGAGAGAGUAAGGCAAAACAAUAUCCUUGUGUACAGGAGAAAAAAUGCAAACCUGUGUGCAUUAGCCACUAGCAACUUGCUUAGCCUGCGGACCCUGUAGAACCCUAUAAAAGUGUGCUAAAGAUAGAAAUAAAUGGCGUUCACAUUUACUUCUGUGAAGAGUGGUGAAAAAGCUGGUGGUCUCUCAGUAUGUGGUGCUUUGAACGGGACACCCUGCGGGCAGGAGUCUUCGGUGUGUCCACGCACGGUGGGAUGGAGCCUUGGACCGAGGCUGGUGGAGCGGAUCUGAGCACAGAUAGACGCUGCCUUGGAUCGGUACCGGAUGGGCGACCCGCGGAUAAAGGGGAGUGAGUCGCUGGGGGAGUCCAAAGGCGGAGGAGUAAGAGAGGGGUCGCUACCCUCCCCCAGCCAUGGACACAGGGAAAAAUGGAUAUGGAGUCUGCAGCAGCUAAAAAACUGCUCCUUUGUAUUCUCGUUAAACGAGGCAAAACAGCCUGGGAAAAGGACCUGGAUAUGCUCAUUAUAUGGACUAAUAAUCACAGGCAUUUAGCAGUGCCCUCACUGCUCUUUACGGUAGAGGUAUGGACGGAUUUAAGGGCUCUGAUCUGGGAAACGGCAAUCACGGAAAUAAUAAUUAGUUAAGAGAACUUUACUGUACAAGACAAAGUUAAGUUAGAGCAUAUAUUAGCUAUUUGCUGUUUUCUCCACAGUUUUAAUAAGGUAAUUUAAUAAUUUCAAUGCGAGUCCUUUUAUUAUAUACAACACAUAAAACUGCAUAUAUACCAAUUUGGAUUUUGGAUUUUAGUUUAAGAGUUGGACUUGAUGUUUCUGAAAAGUGCUACAAAAGCUGAAUGGCAACUUGGCCAAAUCCUGUGUUGUUGUGGUUUUUCUCUAGAAAAACUGCACUUUAAAAUCCUAACCAAUUUAAGCAUAUACUAGGCAAAUUUGUAUUAUGAAUAAGUAUUUUUAGUAACAUUUGCAGUUAUUGUGAGUUAUUCCCAAAGCUAGAUGACAUAGAAUUGUGAUGUAUUUGUUACAUUUUUAUAAUCUUUAUAGUGAAUCCAUGUUACUGUUAUAUUGUGUUUAAAAGGUAUAUAUCAAACUUUUAGUUGCCUUUUUGUAGUAACAGAAUAAGAUUAAGUUAUGUUUUUAUUUAAUAUAGAUUAAGUGUUAAUAGAAUUAAGAAUAGUCAAGAUUUAUUAUGUUUAGGCUUGAAUGUUUUUAAGUUAAGUUUUAUAACUUAGAUAUUCUUUUAAGGUUAAGUCUUGUUAUUCCCUUUUGUUAU